UGAGUGUUAUUAUUAUUAUUACAGUGUGUCGCCUUUUUUUCUGAACGGUGGUGCCGUUGGCGUGUAGGGGAGUGCGCUGGCGCGUCGGCGGGAGAAAAGAGGAAAAGAAAAAAGAAAAUAAAAGUGACGACAGUACAGCAGCAGCAGCGAGGGCGUAUCUUAGACAUAUUCGUGAAUGCUGCACGGCGCCCUACCCGCUGGGCUGCCACUCCAACAGCCCAGCGUGCAGCACAGACACACUCUACACGGGUCUAACGUACAAAAAGGAGUGUGUGUGUGUGUAUUGGUUGGGCGCGUCGUGAAUUUGCUCGUCCGACGACAGACUGAACGCGCGCUUCAAAAUCCCGCUCUACCCUUUUUUUUUUAACAACACUUCACACUUCGCGUGCAAAGGAACAGUGCAGCAAGUGUUUCUCGUCAACUGUUGGUUUUAGGUUUCCAGUCAGCAUCUGUCCUUCGUGAAGGGCAAGAUCAAAUAAACCGUGACUCCUCCGUGCUGCUGCUGCUGCUGCUACUGCUGGGUAGUGCGUCUCGACUAGAAGAUUUUUUGGGGCUUUUGUUAUUGACUUGUCGUGUUGUUGUCUGCUGCCGUCGUCUCUCAUGUCCACCCUCUUUUGGGGGGGAUCUUUUCGACUUGAUCCAGCCAGUCCAGCUUUUUUCUUUUCUUUUCUUUUCUACUUCGUCAUCGUCGUUCUCAAGACAAAUUGUUUGGUUUCGCUUGUCGAGUUGAUCGGAAACAACUGGCCGCGCUGUCACGUGCUCUGCUUCAAUUCUCUCACUCUGUCUUCGUCUCUCCUCGACAGCGCAUCGCAUCCUCCCGCAGCGGCGGCCACCCCACCCCUCUCUCUCGGCUGUGCCGCUCUGCGGAGACUGGCAUCGUUCAUUCCGCAUCGGCCGUCGACACGGUGCGGACAGAGUGACCGGCUCCCCUCUCGCCCAAUCGCCGCCGUCAUGAACUUGGACGACCGUUGACUUACUUGGUGGCCCAGUGUGUUUGUGAUUUUUAUUUGAUCUGAUUAAAACGACAGAAAUCAUCCGAACAACGACACAAGACAUUUUUUCACGAUGGAUAUGAACGUUUACGACACGGCGCUUUUCUCGUUCACUUUGGUAGAAGCGGCCGCCAUCGUCCUGGGCAACGGAUUACUCGUCGUGACGUUUGUCCGGCACCGAGCUUUGCUCAACGCUAUGAACUGUUACAUCUGUUCCAUGUGCUUCUCCGGACUCAUCACCGGAAUUAUCGUUCCACUCGGUUUCGGCAGCUACGUCGGGCCUUACACAGUGUCGGGAUUGAGUCUCCCGAUAUGUUCCGUUCAAAACGUGAAGACGUCCAUAUUCUUCGCUACGGCGUGUAACAGUAUUUCCUGCAUGCUGGCCAUGGCAGUGGAAAGGUGGCGGACCUUGUUGUCGACCAACGCCCGCCAGCGACGUGGUCCGGCCAACAUGACUUGCAAGCUGGUCAUUCUAGCCGGCUGGGCCGUGUCGUUGACCUACGCUUGCAUUCUCAUCUCCAUCCACGAAGUGGACGACGUGCCCAUCCAGUACGAAGGAUCGGGAACCAAUUCGUGUGUCAGUGCCAAUCAGACGCAGUGCUCCGACUUUGAUUUCUGCUUCACCGUCGACCCGGAGAACCUGGCCCUGGUCAGAAAAGUCAACCUCGUCUCCUUGGUGGCCAUCUUCAUAAUUCCGCUCUGCAUCAUCAGCGUCAUCUACACGGUGCUGGUCACGCGACUAUUGCGCAACGCCCAGCAGAGCGAAAAGGCCAACCGCGGCUCGUGCAGCAUUCACCGGGCCAAACUGCGGGCCAUGCACGCCAUGAUUCUGGUGGUUGUCAUUUUCGCUCUGUGCUGGCUGCCCGGUCACGUCUUCUUCGUCUGGGCCCUGUCCACCAAUCCGCACAAAGUCGAGAAGGGCGCCGCCUUCCACACGGUGCCACUGCGACUCCGGCUCAUCGGCGAUUUUGUGUUCCACCUGGUCGUCACCCACCACUGGAUUCAGGUCUUCAUCUACCCGCGCUACAGCCGCCAGCUGGCCAACGCCGUCAAGGAGACGACCAAUUUCAUACUCUCAUUGUUCAUCAUGGACGUCUGCAGGAGCCGAUGCCUGUCCGGCCAGGAGCCGACCUCGGUCAAAUCGACCAAGACGUCCAAUAAUCCGCAGCCGACCGCUUGCAUUUCUGCAUCUAUUGUCUGAAAAACGUUGUUGCGCUGUGCGUGUUUAGAGAACAUCAUGUUUAACACACAGACAGAUUUACAAAGAGGGUACACAAUCUAAUGGCUAUAAAUCUUAGAUCGAGUUUGUUAUCUCGUGUGUUUUUCCUAUACACUUUUCUUUCUUUCUUUCUACUCUGCCAUUUGUUUUGUCGAGCUCCACUCUCUAUAGAUACUCGACGUUCCGUUAUUGUGUAUAAAUAUAGGAGGAACUCUUGCGAGCACACGUACAAUGAAGCAGCCAGUCUGACGUCUAUCGGCCAGCCUCCCCACUCUCAACAUAAACAAAUUACAUCCCAGUCCCUCCUUUUGCUGAUGGUCCUUCCUCAAAACUUUCUUAUCUUUUUUCCAACCUACUGUAGUGUAACACAAUCAUUGGCUAAAUAUAGUAGAGGUGGAGGACGUGCUGGUGGAGGAGACAGUGAGUGAAAGAGAGAUGGAUUGUUUGGGAUUUUGAGAACAGACAAAAGAGCCCACCAAAGGUGUACGUGUAAACAUAUCUUGUACAGAAUUUGUGUUGUAAUAUUCAGAGCAAAUGGCACGCGGUUGCUACGUCCAGCAGCGCCCACCCGUCGUUAUAAUAACUAUAUUAAAGUUCUCCUCUAUAUAUCCACAUGUCCUAUUAUGCGUCUGUGUUCCACUCACGUCAUGCGUCUAGUUUCCGUUUCGUUGUUCGCGUUGUUAUUCCCGAAAUUUUUCUCAUUCGAGUAUGUCCCUCGCUCUUUAAUUAUGAUGUCAAAUUAUGCCGUUUCUUUCUCGGAUUCUUUCACUGUUAUUAUUGGUGUGUAUUUACGAAUAAACAUACAUAUA